AUGGCUAAAACUUGUAAGAUAUUCCUCUCAUUCCUCCUAAUAAAUUUAUCUUCAUUUUUCAACCCUUGUUUAUGCGACGGAACCAACGUUAGCGGUCUCGAUCAGCUUCUUCCUGGUUUGGGACAAUCUUCAGUUUUGCAAAAUGCACAAUGCAUGCAAAAACUGCUUCCAUGUCAACCAUUUUUGAAGUCUCCAGGCAAUCCUCCACCAGCAUGUUGUACCCCUUUGAAGGAAAUGGCAACAAGUGAAUCUGAUUGUCUUUGCAAUGUUCUUAGCAAUCCUAAGCUUUUUAUGUCCCUUGAUGUUACUAAGGAACAAUUGGUAAAGCUUCCUAAUGCUUGUGGUAUUGAUGUUGAUACCUCUAAGUGCAAUGCCUCCACUGCAGGAACCACACCUUCAACAUCAUCGACAUCAGAAUCAACAUCAACAUCAGAAGAUGAAGCAGCAGCUGAAGAGGAUUCUGAAGUUACCACUAACUCAACAAAAAUGAUUACUCCAUAUGGAAUCAGUUAUUUUGGUGUAUUUGGCUUCGUUACAUUGUUGACUGCUCUAGUAUUUUCUGCAUACUAA